AAGCCUUAUUACAAAAAAUAAACCCUCUAAAACUUACCCUUUUUUUUUAUACCAAGCAAGCCUUGACAUAGUUAAACUUUUGCAUCUUAUGUUAUAACCAUGAGGUAUGUUGUAGGAUUAUACUCCACUUAGGGAACUUUGGAGAUGGGGUUUCCCCCCUUAAUUUUUCCUCUUCCAAUGGGUCUUGCCCGCUAAUCCGGACUAGGUUGACUUUUCCCGACAACUUUUAAGUAAGAGUUUAGUUGACUUCUUCAUUUGCCUUAGUAGUUAGUACUCAUGCAGAUUUAAGAGAGAAAUCAGCAAAUGGCAGAAUGUAAUAGCCGAGCAUACCAGUUAAAUUGCUGACUCGCUUCAUCAACACAAACCAAGCCACAUCAUACUCAGCUUGUCUCAUCUGGAUUAGCAUAUUUAUUGUUUCUGUUAAGUGUUAGUUGCUGAACUUAUUAAAUGAAUGGACUUUAGAUUUGGAAAAACAAAAUUAAAAGAUAAUAAUCAUGCAAACAUUUGCCUGCAGAAAAAUUGCAAAACUGAUAUAUAUGAACUGAUCAAAUAGUAUGAGCACGAGUUUUGACUUGUGAUAAUAUGUAGGGUAUUAAGAAUAGAGUAAAUUUCAGGUCAAUUAUAUGUCAAUUCCUCUUAUUUAUUGAUUUCCUUGAUCUUUGUUGUAUGAAGUUCAUACGGGCAGAAUAAAAACAAUUGUAUGAUAAAGAAAGAUACUGAGAUCUUUUUAGAUAAAGGUCGAUGUAUACUUUUUCAUAAUUUUUAUUAAAUCCGCCAUUAAUGAUAUUAGUAGUUAAAGUCAUGCAUUAAAAACUUGAAAGAGAAGUGGCCUAAAUAUCAUCACUUCAUAUAACGAGAGUAGGGCCCGUUUCUCUUAAGCUAAUUUCAUUUCAGUUCAAUUCAGUUCCUAAUUUCUUUUUUCUCAUAAACAAUUCAGUUCAGUUCAGCUCAACUCAGUUCAAUAAAUCAUAACAUGGCCGUAGUACUUCUAUUUUACAAUCACCUAAAUCUCAUAAGUGGAGUCGGCUAUAUGAACCAAAAGUGAUUAUUCAGUAUAGUCAUUUACAAAAAUCUUCCCCCCCACCCCUUACAAUCAAAUACCUCAUUCUCAUGAAAAUCCAUAUGAUUCAUAUCCUUCUUAACUCCUUUCAACCAAGUCAUUUUCGGUUUCCCUCUACCUCGUUUAACCUCUUGAUGAUCCCACUCUCCCAAUCUUCGUAACGGUGCACUCUCGGGUCUCCGUCUUACACGUCCGGACCAAUGUAGGUGAUUUUCCCUUAGUUUGUGUGCAAUGCCUACGACACCCACUUUCUUGCGGAUAACUUCAUUUCUGAUUCUAUCUCUUACAGUGUUCCCACAUAUCCAUCUUAACAUGUGCAUUUCCGUGACUUUAUGUUUAAUGUAGUACUUCUGUUUGACGAUGUCAAAAAAAUGCAGUUGGCUAAUUAGGUUUUCUGGACUUCAUAAAUGAAGUAGAGCAAGCUAGUUGGCCUAUCAUCAUCCAUCUCCUUUAAUUUUAUUUCUGUAGCUUUUGGUUUGCUUUCCCCUCUUUAGGAAUGAGUGAAUUCGUUCAAACCUUGAGUUCAUUUCUUUUCUCCAAUCAUUUUAAUAAGACCUCAUGUGUCUUUCAUAUCUUUGUUUCAUGGCUGUUUAUUGUUGCCCAUGUACAAUCAUUGUACUUUAAAUUCUCUGGUUUCGACGAAAACAGUAGACAGACUAUUAGCUACCAGAACGAUGCAAUCCCUGCAAAUGGGGCAAUCCAGCUCACCAGAAAUGGUGCAAAUGGUGCUGAUUAUCUUCAGAGUGUAGGACGAGCAUCCUACAAUAAGCCCAUGCGCCUUUGGGAUAAAAACACCAAUCAGACAACCAAUUUUACAACCCACUUCUCAUUUAAUAUCUCACAGGAUGCUCCUAAACACUAUGCUGAUGGGCUGACCUUUUUUCUAGCGCCCUUUGAUGACUCAACAGCUUCUGCUCCAGAUAACUCAGCUGGCGCGUGUCUUGGUUUGAUAAGUGGUCAAUUCAACAUAAAGACUUGCAACCUUACUAGUAAAUACCAAUUUGUUGCUGUAGAGUUUGAUACCUGCUCUUCGCCAUGGGAUCCGGGUAAUGCAACAGCAGGACCAAAUACGACGGAUCAUAUAGGAAUAGAUGUCACUUCUGUAGCUUCAAAGGCUGAUUUGUUAUGGAGUGGUGGAUUUAUGAAGAAUGGAACUACAGCAAAUUCUUGGAUAACAUAUGAUUCUUCUUCCAAGAACUUGAGUGUCUACUUAACUUAUGAUACUAAUCCGGUGUUUAAUGGGGAAUCCAAUCUUUUUUAUGUCAUCGACUUGAGAUCUGUUCUCCCGGAAUUAGUUAGAGUUGGAUUUACUGGUGCAACAGGUUCAAAUUACGAAUUUCAUAGUAUCCUUUCUUGGGAAUUAAGCUCAACCUUAGAAGAAGGUAAAAACCAAGGUAAGAGUAAAGCGGCGUUGGUAGGUGGCCUUGUAGCUGGUUUUAGUAUCUUAAUGAUUGGAAUAGGCUUAGUAGUGUAUAUGAAGUGGCAGAGGAGAUCCAGGGGAGAUAAGGAUGACAUAAAUAUUGAUAUUGAUGGCGAGUUUGACCAGGAUACUGGGCCAAGGAAGUUCACAUACAAUGAACUUAUACGUGCUACUAACAACUUUCCUGAGGAAGGGAAGCUAGGACAGGGAGGUUUUGGAGGUGUGUAUAAAGGUUUUUUAACAGAUCUCAACAAGGAAAUUGCUGUUAAGAAGAUAUCAAAGGGAUCAAAGCAAGGGAUAAAAGAGUACAUGUCAGAAGUGAAGAUUAUUAGCCGUUUGAGGCAUAAAAAUUUGGUUCAACUUCUUGGUUGGUGCCAUGAACGAGCAGAGUUGCUUCUUGUUUAUGAAUUUAUGCCUAAUGGAAGUCUUGACACCCAUCUUUAUGCAGGCAAGAGAAAGGUUGUUUUACCCUGGGCAACGAGGUACAAAAUUGUACAAGAUUUGGCAUCUGCCUUGCUAUAUCUACACCAAGAUUGGGAACAAUGUGUAUUGCAUAGAGAUAUCAAACCAAGCAAUGUCAUGCUUGAUUCCGACUUCAAUUCCAAGCUUGGAGAUUUCGGGCUGGCAAGACUGGUAGAUCACAAUCUUGGUGCACAGACAACUGUAUUAGCUGGUACUUUAGGAUACCUUGCUCCCGAGUGUGUUAUCACAGGACAGGCUAGCAAGGAGUCUGAUGUCUAUAGUUUUGGGGUGGUGGCCCUUGAAAUUGCUUGUGGAAGGCGGCCUGUUGAAGAUAAUGCGAGUACGUUAGAAUGGGUUUGGAAUCUCUAUGGAGAAGGCCGUCUUCUUGAAGCAGUUGACAAAAGUCUCGAAGAAGAUUUCAACAUUCAGCAAGUCGAAAGCUUAAUGGUGAUUGGCUUGUGGUGUUGCCAUCCAGACCAUACUUAUCGUCCUUCUAUAAGACAUGCUUUAAGUGUUCUAAAUACGGAAUCACUUUUGCCUAGCUUGCCUUCAAAGUUUCCGGUUCCAAUCUAUUGUUCUCCCCAAAUGAACAUGGAUACUUUCUAUAUCACAUCUUCUUCUAGAUUUACAGGCAGUAGCGGAGCUACAUGCUCUUCCUCUGGGCCAGUUAUUUGUGAUGGCUCUUUCCCCUUGUUAUCUGAAAAUGCAGUGCUGAAGUCUGAUUAGCCUUAAUAUAUACAUCUUUAUAUUUUAAGGAAAAAAAGGGUGUUUAUUAAAAUUAUUUCAUUAUGGUAA